AUGCCGAUCGGAGAAGCUGUUCUGUCUUCCUUCAUGCAGGCACUCUUCAAGAAAGUGAUCGCUACCGCUUUUGGUGAGCUGAAAUUACCUCAAGAUGUAGCUGAGGAGCUGGAGAAACUAUCCAGCAGUCUGUCGACCAUCCAAGCUCAUCUUGAAGAUGCUGAGGAACGGCAGCUGAAGGAUAAGGCGGCACGAAGCUGGCUUGCCAAGCUCAAGGAUGUUGCAUAUGAGAUGGAUGACUUGCUCGAUGAUUAUGCAGCUGAGGCCCUUCGAUCCAAACUAGAAGGCCCGUCCAGCGACAACCAUUUGAGCAAGGUUAGAAGCUGUUUCUGCUGCUUUUGGUUCAACACCUGUUUAUUCAACCACAAGAUUCUGCAAGACAUAAAGAAGGUGGAGGAGAAGCUCAAUAGGCUUGUCAAGGAAAGAGAGAUCAUUGGUCCAAACAUGAUUAGUGCAACAGACAGGAAAGAGAUAAAAGAGAGGCCUGAGACUAGUUCAAUAAUCGAUGACUCCAGUGUGUUUGGAAGAGAAGAAGAUAAGGAGACCAUUGUGAAGAUGUUGCUUGAUCAAAAUAACUCUAACCAUGCCAACCUUUCUAUUCUUCCCAUAGUGGGUAUGGGCGGACUAGGGAAGACGACUCUAACACAGCUUGUCUACAAUGAUACAAGAAUAAAAGAGCAUUUCCAGUUAAGGGUCUGGCUGUGUAUUUCUGAAAAUUUUGAUCAGAUGAAGCUUACCAAGGAAACCAUUGAAUCAGUUGCCAGCGAGUGUGAAUCAGCCAUCAGUGGGGUCUCAUCGGUCACGACCAACAUGAACUUGCUCCAAGAAGACCUCUCGAAAAAGCUAAAAGGUAAAAGGUUUCUUCUAGUACUUGAUGAUGUAUGGAACGAGGACUCUGAAAAGUGGGGUACAUAUCGCCGUGCUCUACUUACUGGAGGAAAGGGAAGCAGAAUAGUAGUAACCACAAGGAACAAAAAUGUAGGGAAACUAAUGGGUGGGAUGACUCCAUACUUUCUAAAUCAGUUAUCCGACAAUGAUUGCUGGUCUUUGUUCAGAAGCUAUGCAUUUGUGGAUGGUAACUCCAGUACACACCCAAAUUUGGAAAUGAUAGGGAUGGAAAUUGUGAAGAAGUUGAAAGGCUUACCACUGGCUGCCAAAGCAAUAGGCAGCUUACUAUGUUCCCAGGAUACUGAAGAUGACUGGAAAAAUGUGUUAAGGAGUGAAAUAUGGGAACUGCCAUCAGAUAAGAACAAUAUAUUGCCAGCACUGAGAUUGAGUUACAAUCAUUUGCCUGCCAUACUGAAGAGAUGUUUUGCGUUUUGCUCGGCCUUUCACAAAGAUUAUGUGUUUGAGAAAGAUAGGUUGGUCCAGAUAUGGAUGGCCCUUGGGUUUAUUCAGCCUCAACGGAGGAGAAGAAUGGAAGAGAUUGGAAGUAGCUAUUUUGAUGAAUUACUAAGCAGGUCCUUCUUCCAGCAUCACAAAGGUGGAUAUGUGAUGCAUGAUGCUAUGCAUGACCUAGCACAGUCGGUCUCAAUUCAUGAAUGUCUCAGACUGGAUGACCUUCGAAACAACAGCAGCUCUGCAAGAAGUGCCAGGCACCUCUCAUUCUCUUGCAAUAAUAGAAGCCAGACUUCAUUUGAAGCCUUUCUUGAAUUUAAGAGAGCACGGACACUUCUACUGCUAAGUGGAUAUAAAUCAAUAACAAGUUCUAUCCCCAGUGAUCUGUUCCUCAAAUUAAGGUACCUCCAUGUACUUGAGUUGAACCGGCGAGACAUUACUGAAUUGCCAGAUUCUAUUGGAAGCUUAAAAAUGCUUCGAUAUUUGAAUCUCUCGGGCACUGGUAUAGCAAUGUUGCCUUCGUCAAUUGGUAGACUCUUCAGCUUGCAAAUACUCAAGUUGAAAAACUGCCAUCAAUUAGAUUAUCUCCCACAAAGCAUAACCAAUCUUGUAAAUCUUCGAUGGCUAGAAGCAAGAACAGAGUUGGUCACGGGCAUAGCCAGAAUAGGUAACUUGAUGAAUUCGUGGAUGAAUUCGUGGUCCGUACAGACAAAGGAUACAAGAUCAGUGAAUUGA